AUUACGAAUUACUUUUGGUUCGAUUUACUUCUUAAGGAUCAAAGAAUACCAAAGGUGAAGGUCAUGGCUGUGACACUUGCAAAGGCGACUGCGAAGCUUGGAGUUGCUGGUGGAGCAGUGUAUUUAACUGUGAAGGAAGGAUUAUGGGGAAACAGUAAAGAGAGUAACGAGGCGUACAAACGUCUGAAAUCUAGGACACUGGAUGAGUGGUUACCAGCUACUGUAGAGAAACCAACAACAACAAAGAAGAUUGUUGCACAAAAAUCAGUGAAGAAAGAAGUCACUCCAGAAAUCAAACCUCAACAACCAUCACAAUAUAAUGCCUGUGUGAACACUGUCUUCAAAACACUUGCAGAUUUACCUGAAACAGUACCAGAGAAAUUAAACUCAGUUGUGGCUUACUUCAAAGACCUCAGUGGAUAAAACCUUUUGACUUUCCAUUUUUUUUUUUGUACAGUGUGUAAAUAAAAUAAUGUAGAAAAGAA